AUGCAUGGUAUGAUUAAUCUUCACCCUAGCAGAGAAUUCUGGGAAAGCAGUUUGGAAACUCAUGUAGAUCAUUGGUUCAAUAGUUUUAGAAAUGAAGAAAUACGUAAAAAUUGGCUUUAUUCUCUCUCAGGUAGGCAAUUAAAUGUCAUUUUCCAACACCGCUUUCAAGAUAAGCUAAACGGUCAAUUAUUUGCUGAUAAUUCCCUUCAGAAACAUGAUGAUAUUUCAGUUCAACAACAACGUAAAAUGCUUAUAGACUGCUCAGAGCUUCUAUUGCAUUACUAUUUACUCAGUCAUUUUAGUCACUUAAAGCUUGAGUCUGCUGUUGUUGAAGUAGCAAGCUCUAAGUUAAAUAAAGAGUUAAUUAAAAAGUUUCUGUGUAAAGAUAAUAAGUAUGAUAAAAAAUCCCUUAUCUUCAUUUUAUUUCAUACUAAUCCAGAGUUCAUCAAGGAUGUUUUUCACUUUGAUAAAGUACAAAAGAAAGGUUUUUCAUCUUUUAUUUUGCAAGAUUCUCCAAGACAAAUGAAAGUUCCUUUUAAAAGUUUUCUAUCAAAAGAAAUUGUUCAUGAAUUGCUGCAAGAAUAUGACUCUGAGAAAGGUGAUGGUUUUGAAACUGAGCUACGAGGCUUUUUCUAUCAUAAAAACCGUAUCUAUGUAUUCAUACGUCGUGCUAGUGAUAAAGAUUUGCUUUUUAAUUCAAACCGUAUUAUUCAUGGGUAUAGACCGGAUUGGAUUCUCCUUGACUUUUCAUUACAUGGUAACCAAGUAAACAUAUCUUCUAAAAACCUCAACGAAAUCAUAAAAAUAGCCAAUAGUAUUACAAGUAGAUAUUUUGAAGCUGAGUGUUUGUUUAUUAGCAUGAAAGAUCACAAUAGCAUACUUCUUAUAGCAGCAUUUUUGCAGUCUUCUAUAGAAGGUGCUGAUCCUAACGUUUGCUCAUUUGAGGUAAAAUUUCGUUCAACUUAUCUCAAAAAAGAUACUUUUUUAGUUAUAGCAACAAACCCUGUUAAUUCUAUUUCUCAGGAAUUACAAAUACUAAAAUUAAAGCUUCAGCAAGAUAAUUCAUUUGUUGAAUCUAUUCGUAUUAUAUUUCAAGAGAAGAAAGUUACUCUGUUUUUUAAGAAGAAUCAACAUGAUCCAAGUUAUAUUACCGUCUACUACUCAGAACACGUACUCAACAAAGAAGAACGUGAAAAUUUUAAGUUAUUAAUGAAGGAAAACUAUGGUCUUACAAUUCUCCCGAAAGCAAGUUGCUGCAGAUAUUCUGGGAUCCACUGACUCUUGGAUUAAUCCAAAAAAUGAUUAUUUAGAAACAGCAGUAUAUUUGGCUGAACUUGGUUUUAUUAGAUUAAAGGAAGUUUAUUUUGUUAUCUGUGCCCGUGAAGAAGACCAUUUAGAUUGGCCACAUGUAUUCUAUCCAGAUUGUAGUAAUGAAAUCCCCAUUAGUCCAGAUUUUGAUGAAGAGUGCGAUGAUAUGCUUUGUGAGGAUUGUUGCCGUUACAUUUUGCCCAAUACCCAUCAAAAGAAAAGAUUUCAUCUUCUAUCAACUGAUCUUGAUUUAAAAAAAAUUGUAGAUUGGUUUGAAAAUUUACUACGUAUCUCGCAAUUAAUCUGGAGAAAAGCUGCAGAAGGAGUUUAUCACGUCAGUAGUCAGGACAGUAUCGUAAAUCUUGUUGUUCUUGAUUUUUGCACUGAUGCAGUACACCUAACUAUAGAUAAACUUAGAAUUCAGCCAACAGUCUUAAUUACUGUGAGAGAAAACGUACCAGACUUACCAAUUGCUUUACCUGUUGUAAAAAUGACCGAUCUUUUUUGUGAGUGUAGAACAUUAGAUGAAGUGCUUUUUGAAGCAGUGGAAAAAGGAAUACCAAAAUUAAUUUUCAAUGCCUCUCAGCAAAUUCUUCCUAUUGUUCCACUACGAGAAACAAAACCUGAACUACCAAAACAACCUCUACAUCUACAGUUUACUGGUGGUGUAGUUUAUAUUAAUAACAUUGAAGUAGUGAAUAAACGAGCUAAACUAUGCAUCAGUAUUUUUGAUGUUUUAUUUCAGCAGUUUCUUCAUGAUUUUAGUAAUGAUGUGCCAAAAGAAGAGCAUAAACCACUUAGCAUUGAAAAAAUAGCAGAUCUGUUGAAUUUUCAUUCAGAAAUUACAGAUUUAGAACAACAGAUAAGGAAUCCUAUCAAUAAAAUGCAAAGAACAAUGAAAGAAAAACUAGCCAACCAAUUAGGAUUAAGCAUCAAACGUGAUGAUGUUAUUCAAACUAUUGGUUGGCCAGAAUUAGCUUGCAAAGAAUAUGGUUACCGUCUUAAUCCCUUUACACUGGUAUUAAAAAAGUGA